AUGCAUUUUCUCAAUCUUUGUGUUAACAAAAAGCUAAGAUGCAGAACCGACGAUAUAUUUAUUCUUGGCAUUCUUCGAGCCAGAAAGUUUAAUAGAGAAAGAGCAUAUAAAUUAAUAAGUAAUUAUUAUUCUUCAAGAAGGAAGUAUCCAACAAUUUUUAACAAUCUUAAUCCCUCAUCAUUAGAAAAAGUUCUUCGUUUAAACAUAAUGCAAUUUUUGCCAAAGCCUGAUCAACAUGGACGAUUGAUCGGUGUUGCAAGUGGCAGACAUUGGAACACAGAUGUUGCCAAUAUUGUCGACGUUUUUCGAUGCGCUAUUUUAUUCUUAGAUUUAUAUAUUAAUUACCAUCGUCUACAGACAAAUGGUUUAGUUGUAGUAGUGAAUGCUGCAGAUAUUUCUUGGAAACAUAUUGUUCAAUUCACUCCUAAUUUCAUUCAUGUAUUGAUAACAACUUUAUACGAUUCAUAUCAAAUGAAAUAUAAAGAAAUUCAUUUCAUUAACGUUAAUAAGUACUUCAAAGCCGUGAUAACAUUAUUAUUGCCACUCUUACCAGAGAAGCUAAGAAAAAGAAUACAUCUAUAUGGAUCUGAUAUCGAUUCACUUCACACAUACAUUGAUCCAAAAUAUCUACCCGAAGAAUUUGGUGGAAAAUUACCAAAUUUUGAUCCAACUGAAUCCAAUCAAAUUUUGAGAAACAAUGAAGAAUACUUUCGUAAUUGUGAAACAUACUGGAGAUAAAUAUAUAUACAGUCGACCCCCCUAUAACACGA